UCCUCCUGACCUCCACUUUCCUCCCUCUCGCAACUCUCAUCGGGGGCAGCAGGCGAGGAGGCAGGGCAAGGAGGAAGGCGCCGCACCCACCGCCCCUCUCUCCUCCUCUACCUCCCCCCGCUAGCUCGGCGGCCUCGCUGCGAUGGCGGACACCAACCCGGACGCCAUCAAGAGAUACACCCCGCCCGUGCACAGGAAUCGCGCAAACAAUCGGCGGAAGUCUGGAGAUAGGGCCGAUAAGACUAAUUACUCCUACAACAAUGAUGGAGAGAAGAGCCAUGUUCCUUCAUUAAAGAACCUUCCCCCAAUUGUUCACCACGAAACAUUCUUCAGCAAUGUUCAGAAUGACUACAAUCAAACACGAUUAGUGCCUUUGGAGGGAUGUUCUGCCAGUGAGGCUUCACAGCUUCUCAGUGACCGUUGGACUGCUGCAAUGAACUUGUACAAUGAUCAAACAAUUGACUCCUCUGAUAAACCAGUAAUGUAUUCUGGAUCUACUAGCUCGUCAUGGGGUCACCUGAAGCUUCCUCAUCAGAUGAACUUCCUUGAAGAGUUGCGGCGCGCAGUUGACGCUCAUACAGAUAUUGCAUCGCCUGUCGACACCUGGAACUAAUCGAAGUCAGCAUCUGCAUCAUUACGGGUUAUGACUAUUUUACGGAAGGCGGGCUAUCUUGCCAAUUCUAUUUAUUCUGUAUCUCAUGCACGCAUGCUGUGCCAAAAUGCUUUCGUCUAACCUGUAGCUGCUUGGGUUUCUUCUGGAAUCAGCAUUUGUAAGAUUGUACCAGUUUAUAUACUGGCCUUGUGGAUGAAAAGCAGCUUGUUGCAUCAGGUAAAUGACACAUCGGGUACUCACACAAUCGAAGCAGCUUGGUUGUUGUAUUCUAGUUGAAGAAUCGGUGGUUAUCAUAUGUCCAUUUUCUCGA